UUUAAAUUUAAAAUUAUAAAUGUAAAAUUAAAAAAAAAAUGUUUUACUUCUUAAUAAUGUAUACUUAAAAAAAUGUAUUGUUUUAAAACGAUUUUAUUUAAUUAACGAUUUAUGGAAAUUUGUUUAAUUCCAAGAUAUGGUAAGAAUUUAUUAUAAAUUAAAUAAACCACCGUUUUCAGUUUUAGAUAUAUUAUUUGAGAAUGGCCGCUAACUUGGAAUGUCUAAAAUGGAACAAGUCUGUUUAUAAACUAUCAGCAGAAAUAUGUAGAACGAAAUACUCUCUUGCUCUGAAACCAUCAUGUUUAAUGAAUCUAGAAACAAAAAGUGUACCAAUAAUAAAAUUAAGAUUUUUAGCAGAAUCAAAUAAGUUAGCUUCACUGGAAAGUUUGAAUAUUAUUAAGAUAUAUGACUGGUCCAAACCUGAUAUUAAAAUCUCAAGUGCAAAGUAUAUGGGAAAAGGUAAAGUUUUAAAUUUAACUAGUAAUUCUACCGGACAUCAAAUAGCUACUUGUACGGAUGAUGGAAAAAUUCAAUUAUGGAAAUUCAAAUUGUCAAAUUGUGUAAUAUCAAAAGAGUUGAAAGGGCAUUUUCAACAAAUACGUGGUAUUGAAUUUUCUUUAGACAAUAGUAAAUUAGUGUCAUGUUCAAAUGAUAAAACAUUUAAAAUUUGGGAUUGUCAAACUAUGAAGUUCUUAGCCAGCAACAUGUUUCAUCGUAACUGGGUUAAUAUGGCUAAGUUUUUUAAUCAAGAUAAACUUGUAGCAUCUUGUUCCAGAGAUUCUCUUAUCCAAAUAUUUGAUUGUUGUUCUGGAAAAUGUGUUAUGAAGUUUAGUCUCAAUCCAGAUUAUGCCGAGUCGCUUGCACUUAAAGAUGAGUACAAUGUCGCUGUGGGUACUGAACAAGGAUCGGUGCGUGUGUACGAUUUAAGAGUACCAAAAAUUGUGCAAGUAUAUAACGAGCACAAAUGUAAAAUAAACUGUAUUCAGUACCAAAAUAAAACACCUUGUUUAAUUUCUGGAUCCCAAGACCAGACACUUAAUGUUUACGACACUCAUGAAGGUAGGUUUUUGUACUCCAUCAACCAUGUUGAUAGUAUAAAAACUAUGGAUAUCUCUUUAGAUGAUCAACUAUUAUCAACAGCAUCUUUUGUUGCUAAAAACCAAAUUACCAUAUGGAAGUCGGACUCUGUAAAUGUUUUAUGAUAUAGUGUAAUUAAGACGUUAUUUAAACUCGUAUAACUGAUAUUUUCUUUUUAAGAGUAAUUCAUUCCAAUGAUUAUAAAUGUAAAGGCGGAAUAUUUAAUUUUAAAUUAAGUGUGUAGGUAUUUAAAGUAUUUUUUGUUUUUAAAUAAUUAUCGAGUUUUAACAAAUUGUUGUCGUUAGUAAAUAUUUUUUAUGCUUACUGUACAUUUUUUUAACUGACUGAUUGUAAUUCAUAAAAUAAGUAUUUAAAGUGUAUAAAACAUUACUAUUUGAA